AUGGCUCAAUAUCAAUUGCUUCUCCUUUGCUUGAUCUUAGCAGAUGCUUAUGUGAAUGUAACCAUGGCUGCAGAUGAAAAGACUCAAACGACAGAGCAGACUCAAACCAUGGCUCCAACUCCAAGUCCUUCUAAUGACAAAAACUUGUACAAGGCACAAGCACCUGUGAUUAGGAAACUUGGAAAGCACCAAGCUAGUGAGAGCAAGCCACCAACUUUUAGCCCAAGCAGUGCACUAGCUUCCACAAAUCCAAGUCCAGAGACUGAAGAGAGUCUGAGUAUCGUAGAAGAGGAGAUCCACCUAAAAAAGCACCACCAUUCUCUGGACAAGUCGGUUGCCGGUGGAGGUGUGAUCCUGGGAGGGCUUGCCACCACCUUCUUGGUGGCAGUUUUCUGCUACAUAAGAGCAACAGCAAGACAUAAAGCAGAUACUGCUGCACCUGGUGCUCAUAUUGCUAGCUAG